GGUGUCUUUUAUGAAUAAUCAAAAGCAGCAAAAACCAACGCUAUCAGGCCAGCGUUUUAAAACCAGAAAAAGAGAUGAAAAAGAGAGGUUUGACCCUACUCAGUUUCAAGACUGUAUUGUUCAAGGCUUAACUGAAACUGGUGCUGAUUUGGAAGCAGUAGCUAAGUUUCUUGAUGCUUCUGGAGCAAAACUUGACUACCGCCGCUAUGCAGAAACACUCUUUGACAUUCUGGUGGCUGGUGGAAUGCUGGCCCCAGGGGGUACACUGGCAGAUGACGUGAUGCGCACACGUGUCUGUGUGUUUGCAGCACAAGAAGACCUAGAGACCAUGCAAGCAUUUGCUCAGGUUUUUAACAAGUUAAUAAGGCGCUACAAGUACCUGGAGAAAGGUUUUGAAGAUGAAGUUAAAAAGUUAUUGCUCUUCCUAAAGGGAUUUUCAGAGUCGGAGAGGAACAAGCUCGCUAUGUUGACUGGGGUUCUUCUGGCUAAUGGAACACUUAAUGCAUCCAUUCUUAACAGCCUUUAUAAUGAGAAUUUGGUUAAAGAAGGGGUUUCAGCAGCAUUUGCUGUAAAGCUCUUUAAAUCAUGGAUAAAUGAAAAAGACAUCAAUGCAGUGGCUGCAAGUCUCCGGAAAGUCAGCAUGGACAACAGACUGAUGGAGCUGUUCCCUGCCAAUAAGCAAAGUGUGGAGCACUUCACCAAGUAUUUCACUGAGGCAGGCUUGAAAGAGCUUUCGGAAUACGUCCGCAACCAGCAGACCAUCGGGGCGCGGAAAGAACUCCAGAAGGAGCUUCAGGAGCAGAUGUCCCGUGGGGAUCCCUUCAAGGAUAUAAUUUUGUAUGUCAAGGAAGAAAUGAAAAAAAAUAAUAUCCCAGAACCAGUUGUCAUUGGGAUAGUCUGGUCAAGUGUGAUGAGCACCGUGGAAUGGAACAAAAAAGAGGAGCUUGUAGCAGAACAAGCCAUCAAGCACUUGAAGCAAUACAGCCCUCUGCUCGCUGCCUUUACUACCCAGGGUCAGUCUGAGCUGACCCUGUUACUGAAGAUUCAGGAGUACUGCUAUGACAACAUUCACUUCAUGAAAGCCUUCCAGAAAAUAGUGGUGCUUUUUUAUAAAGCUGAAGUCCUGAGUGAAGAGCCCAUUCUGAAGUGGUAUAAAGAUGCACAUGUUGCAAAAGGGAAAAGUGUCUUCCUUGAGCAGAUGAAGAAGUUUGUAGAAUGGCUCAAAAAUGCUGAAGAGGAAUCGGAGUCUGAAGGUGAAGAAGGUGACUGAAUUUUGAAACAACAUCCUCAGUAAAGCAAACAGGAGUUGUAGAUAAAAUGUCAUGUCUCAUGUGUCCUGGUUCUUACAUCUUCCUACCUCCCUAUAUCAAGCAUGAUAUAAGGGCUUUCAUGGCAAUUUUUAUUUUAACUGUUUUUAUGGUUCCUGGAAACUGUGGGUGUGGUUUCUGAAGCCAUGUGUAAGAAGCUGCAGGGGCUGUAGAACUGAAUCUGAUGUCGCAUUGGUUUGUCAGUUACCUUCUACCUCCUGGAUUUUCUACUGUAAUAAUGUGAUGUAAGGCCUUCCGCAAUGAGCAGUUAACUUUAUUCCCUGGGUUUUCUAUAUAAACAGUUUUCAAGAUAUGAUUUGGUUAAAAAUAAUUUGUUACAAAAAAUUCUGUUUGCAAAUUAAACUGUAAAAGUAUCCAAAAUCUCAAAAGGCAAUGAUUUGUGUGAUAAUUUAGUAUGUCCAGAGCCCUGUUCAUAAGUGAAAAUCCUGUAGACAAUUGAAUCUAUAACAUGAAUCUGGAGUGUUUGGACCAUUGGUUAUAUGUGUGCAUUUUAUUGUAUUUUUAACCCCAGAUGUUGUUUGCUCUCUGGAGAGCAAACUUGAGUUGAGAACUCACACAUGGCAGAGGUAGGAAGAAGAAAACUGAGCUUAUUCCUAGAAAGUUGUGUGUUCAUUUUUAUCUUUCCAGGUGGAUAAAGUAGAUACACUUCAUACAAACAUUCUACUCAGGACACAGCUAGACUGUGAGGAAAGGGUUCCCAGAGGACUGUGAGUCACUAACCCGUGAGAUUGUUGGGAGUGUUUCGGGUGAGCAUGUUCUAACAGGAUCUAAACACAACUCCAUUUCCUGUUGUGCAGGUCACGAGCAGUUAUAGCCGUCUCUCACUUGUUAUAUAGGCCUGGCUUCGUUUUACUAUAUUCAAACACCUAGUAACAUACCCUAGUUGCCAUUAUUUUCCUUUUUUGUUAAUUGCCAUGAGCCAAAUACUUCCUUUAAAUGAUUAAUCCAUUUAUUUUAAUAGCUGCCCUUUUCAUUGCUUUUCUUUUUGCUAUCCAUUUGUAGUUGGUAGGAGGAAAAUGUAGCCACCUUUUUGGAAAGGCUAAAAGUGAACAUUUUAAGAGUUUCUUAAUUGAUAAAAGAAAAUAGUCUAGAAUAAUGCCACCAGAGACUGAGUGGAAAUUGCCCAUUUUGAAGGUGCCAUUCUUAGAAGCCAAUGAUUUGGUAUUUAAAGCUUAUCUUGAGAGAAUAACAUGUAAUAUAAUUUGAAAUAAACGUUUAGUAGCCUUGAGAGCAUUAUAGCAAAAACAUUGAUGGGUGGGGUGAAUUUGUAAAAUGAAUGACUUUGAUAAAGUUUUAUGCACAGGCAAAUGUACUCAUUAGAUUCUGUGUAGUGAUCUGCUUUUCCUUUGUAAUUUGUGGUCCUAAAAAGAAAUUUUUUUUAAAUAAAGUCCAUCCUUACAUUUAGGUUUUAUAGAUCAGUCUUUUUUUUAUCCCCACUCUCACCCCCCAUAAAUGCCAUUGCUCCUAGUGGUGUGCUGUAUGUUGUGCUUUCGGGUGUCUACUGUGUAAGCAUUAACAAUCCAUGCUUCCACCUCCUCACAGAUCCCAAUGUAGCUGAAACUACAUUGCCAUUUCUACAACCAGAUCCUUGCAUGUUACCGCCAUUCAAAACCCACCCUGUUUAAUAUAUACUGUGUAUAGUGAAAGAGUGUGGCGUCUUCCAGAACUACAAAUGAUCUUUGAUCAUAGAUAUUUCCCUUCGUACACAGUAGUGUUUAAUUAUUAUAAUAGUAAAAUGGGUAAGGCACCUGUGAAUAUAAUGUAAAGAAAGGGAGCAAUUUAUAAAAUUAUUCUCAUUUUGAAUUUAAAUGCCAAACUAUGGCCUCCAAUAUGUAAUUCCUACUAGAGAUGUUAAAACUGUGCUUUUAAUCAUGAUAGGCAACUGUUGGUUGACUUCCUAACUUGGUGUCCGUUUCUAAGGCUUUUAGUCUCCCGGAUACUAUACUGUGUAUUUAGAACUGAUAAGUGUCACCUUACUAGGAUUUUAUUGUCCUAGAAAUACUGUUCUUAUAAAAUCUCUACAUACCAAAAUGCCACAUAUUUUAUUUGGCAUAUUGAUGGUGGUGACGGGAAAUGCAUGUGACCAAGAGGUUAACUUAUAGCAGUGUACAAGCUUUUCCAUUAUCAGAACUUCCCAGAACCCUUUUCCCCAAUAGCACCCCAAUAAAUUUUAAUAUAGAUACACUA